AUGUCGUCACGGAAUCGCCAGCCCAGAGCCAGUCUGAAUCAAGAUGCGGAUGAAGAGCGCAGAUUAUGGAAUAUGAUCAGAGAGGGAGCAAAGAAGAUUGAUAGUAUGGUGGCACGGUCAGCAGCCAUCGGAACAGAAAUCAUAGACGUGGAAAAGCAACAAGCUGCUCUGAUAGAAGCAGACGAACUCACAGACAUGACCCUCGACGACCGCCUCGAAUCACUGUAUCGCGAAAACGUAAAAAUCAGCGAAGAAGUCAGCCACAUCAUCGACGGCAACUCGGACGACAUGUCCCUCUUGGACAGCAUAAAAAUCCUUGCUGGCCUGCGUGAAGCAUCCGAAGAAUCGCUGCAACUGUCUCGUAGCCACAGUAACUCCAAAGGCGGCAGAAAUGCAAAUUUGAAACGAAAAGCGGGAAGUAUGGAUGUGGAUGAUGAGGUGGGUAGAGUGGAGAGUCCGAGACCGGGACCGAGACAGGGUGCAGAAAAGGAUAGAUUGGCGGUGAGCGAGGGAAAGAGUAGGGAGAGGAACAGAGAACGUAGUGUGACUAGCACCAGAGAAGUCAGUGUGAAACUCGAAGAUGGAGCCGAGAGCGUGGCAUCAACAAACGAACCACGCACCUCCCGCCUCCAACUCUCCCUCGGCGCUCACGUCUUCUACCGCAACAAAGGCCGCACCCAAGAAGGCGAAGGCAUACUCUGCCGUGUGACAAACGUCAUCGGCGAGGGUAAACAACGCCGUUACGAAAUUCAAGAUGCAGACCCUGACCCAGUGCCCGGUGGAGAGCUGCCUCCGCCUUAUCGAGCUAGUGUGGCACACUUGAUGCCUAUACCCACUGAGAAUAGAGGGUUGGCUGAUUUGAACAAAGGGAGGAAUGUUCUGGCGCAGUAUCCGGACACGACGACCUUCUACAAAGCAGAAGUCACCACAAACUGGAAAUCCAAAGACCUCUCCCUCGACCGCGGCGAUCACGUACGCCUGACUUUUGAGGGCGACGAGCAGAAAAUCAUGGAAGUGGAACGACGCUUCGUGCUUGCCGAAAAGGAAAAGUAG